UACAAAAUCAAUUAUUUAUCAACAUAAACACCGACAAAUCUGUGCUGAUCAAAGUUCAUUGGAUUUUAACUUCACAAAAAUGAUGAAAUAUUACUUUGACCUGCUGUCACAGCCAUCCAGAGCACUAUGGAUAUUCCUAAAGAUGACAAAAGUUCCAGCAGAGUUCAUUAAAGUGGAUUUGGGCAAAGCUGAGCAUUUGACUGACAAGUUUAAGGAGAUUAAUAGAUUCCAAAAAGUACCUUGCAUUGUUGAUGCUGAUGGAUUUAAGUUAUCGGAGAGUGUUGCUAUAUUUAGAUACAUAACAUCCCUAAAUGACGUUCCUGAAAAUUGGUAUCCAAAAGACAUAAAAGCCCGUGCCUUAGUUGAUGAAUAUCUUGAAUAUCAACACAAUUCCAUUCGACUUCCAUGUGCCAUGUACUUUCAAACGAAAUGGCUCAUUCCAAGACUCUCAGGAAAUCCUAUUGAUGAGAAGAAGGCUGCAGCAUACAAAAAGCUAAUGGAACAGUCACUCAAUAAUCUUGAAAAUGUGUGGCUUGAAAGUGCUGACAGGAAAUUUUUGGCAAGUGAGGAAAUUUCAUUCGCAGACAUUUUGGCAGCAUGUGAAUUGGAGCAGCCUAAAAUGGCUUGGUAUGAUCCAUUUGAUGGAAGACCACGUCUGAGGAGUUGGUAUGAUCGAGUAAGGGAUGCGACGAAUCCAUUCUAUGAUGAAGCACAUGUCGUUGUUAAGAAAGUUAUUGAAAAAAAUGGAAAAUCAAAAUUGUAAAUUUUUU